AGGCGUUUUCGGAAGCGGCUCGGCCCCGCACAAGGGCCAUUUGUUUGUUUUGGGACUCGGGGCAGGAAAUCUUGCCCGGCCUGAGUCACGGCGGCUCCUUCAAGGAAACGUCAGUGUUCUCUGGUCGCCCUCGCCCGCUGCGCGCCCGGCCGCCGCUGCCCAUGGGGGAGAUGCAGGGCGCGCUCGCCAGGGCCCGGCUCGAGUCCCUGCUCCGGCCCCGGCACAAGAAGAGGGCCGAGGCGCAGAAACGGAGCGAGUCCUUCUUGCUGACCGGACUGGCUUUCAUGAAACAGAGAAGGAUGGGCCUGAACGACUUUAUUCAGAAGAUUGCCAAUAACUCCUAUGCAUGCAAACACCCUGAAGUUCAGUCCAUUUUGAAAAUCUCCCAACCUCAGGAGCCUGAGCUCAUGAAUGCCAACCCUUCUCCUCCACCAAGUCCUUCUCAGCAAAUUAACCUGGGCCCAUCAUCCAAUCCUCAUGCUAAACCAUCUGACUUUCACUUCUUGAAAGUGAUCGGGAAGGGCAGUUUUGGAAAGGUUCUCCUGGCAAGACACAAAGCCGAAGAAGCAUUCUAUGCAGUCAAAGUUUUACAAAAGAAAGCGAUCCUGAAAAAGAAGGAGGAAAAGCAUAUUAUGUCAGAGCGGAAUGUUCUCCUGAAGAACGUGAAACACCCUUUUCUGGUGGGCCUUCACUUCUCUUUCCAGACGGCUGACAAACUGUACUUUGUCCUAGACUACAUUAACGGUGGAGAGUUGUUCUACCAUCUCCAGAGGGAGCGAUGCUUCCUGGAACCACGGGCUCGGUUCUAUGCUGCUGAAAUAGCCAGUGCCUUGGGUUACCUGCACUCUCUGAACAUCGUUUAUAGAGACUUAAAGCCAGAGAAUAUUUUGCUGGAUUCACAGGGACACAUUGUCCUUACUGACUUUGGACUCUGCAAGGAGAACAUUGAACACAAUGGCACGACGUCCACCUUCUGCGGCACACCCGAGUAUCUUGCACCUGAGGUGCUUCAUAAGCAGCCUUAUGAUAGGACCGUGGACUGGUGGUGUCUGGGGGCCGUCUUAUAUGAGAUGCUGUAUGGCCUGCCUCCCUUUUAUAGCCGAAACACAGCUGAGAUGUACGACAACAUUCUGAACAAACCCCUCCAGUUGAAGCCAAAUAUUACAAAUUCUGCAAGACACGUCCUGGAGGGCCUCCUGCAGAAGGACAGGACGAAGAGGCUUGGUGCCAAGGAUGACUUUAUGGAGAUUAAGAAUCACGUCUUCUUCUCCCUAAUUAACUGGGAUGAUCUCAUUAAUAAGAAGAUUACUCCCCCUUUUAACCCAAAUGUGAGUGGACCCAGCGACCUGCGGCACUUUGAUCCCGAGUUUACCGAAGAGCCGGUCCCCAACUCCAUCGGUCGGUCGCCCGACAGUAUCCUCCUCACAGCCAGCGUCAAGGAAGCGGCCGAGGCCUUCCUGGGCUUUUCCUACGCACCUCCCGUGGACUCUUUCCUCUGAAUGGUCUUGGGGUUGGUUGCGAAGGACUUUACGGGCGUUUGUGAAAUGUUUUAGUUAGCCUUUUGGCAGAGCUGCCAGCUGACAGGACAUCUUAAAAGAGAAUUUGCACAUCCCUGGAAGCUUGCACAUCUUGGCAAUCUUAUUGCACAGUUUGCUGGAAGCUUUUUGAAGAGCACAUCCUCCUCAGUGAGCUCGUGAGGUUUUCCUUAUUAUUCCUUCCAAUGUGGUGCUAUCUCUGAAAUGAGCAGUAGAGGGCCGCCCCAGACAGAUGGCAGUGGUCUCAUUCGAAGGAGGACGCUGUUCUGAGAAGGAGCUUCUGAAGGUCUGUCCGGGCCGUGAUAACGAAUCUUAUGAAACGUGCCUUUUCUGAUGAGAUCGUGUUAGCUCCAAAGUUCUUCCUGUUGCCGAGUGUUUCCGUUCUGUUUUUCCUUGUGGACUUCCUGUGUGAUCAGCCGUAUGAGUGUGGUAUGCUUGCUCACAGAAGGACUCAGUUAUAAGCAUCAGUGUGACACUUGCAGGUCACUACAACGUGGGACAUUGUUUGUUUCUUCCAUAUUUGGAAGAUAAAUUUAUGUGUAGGCUGUUUUUUUUUGUAAGAUAUAGUUAAUAACUAAAAUUUAUCGAAAAUGGUCUUGCAACGACUUGUAUCCAGAUGCUUAAAGAAGCAUUGCUGCUACAAAUAUUUCUAUUUUUAGAAAAGGUUUUUAUGGACCAAUGCCCCAGUUGUCAGUCAGAGCCUGGUGUUUUCAUUGUUUAAAAUAUCACCUGUAAAAUGGGCAUUAAAUAUGCUUUUGUUUCUUUUUUGCAUUCCUGAUAAUUAUAUGUAUUGUAUAAAGAAAGUCUGUACAUUGGGUUAUAACACUAGUAUAUUUAAAUUUACAGGCUUAUUUGUAAUGUAAACCACCAUUUUAAUGUACUGUAAUUAACAUGGUUUUAAUAAUGUACAAUU